UAUCGGAUGCCCUGGGGCCUUCAUACGUUUUGCUAGAUGUUAUGGCAAUUUGACAUCUCAAUGGUGUCCAUCCUGAGCACCUUGCUAUCAAAUGCCACUGCAACGCCGCACAGAAGCCAAAAGAAUAAGCAGGCACGCAUCAUCUCGGGCGAUUGAUCACCGAAUUCUUGGAAUCAUCACGGCUUACAAAUUCUCCAGAAUCAACGUUAAAGUAAGGUUUCUCCAUAUACAGCAAUGUGGCCUGACGAUCGCCCAUCAAAGUUUCUACACUCAUAUCCCGUCGCCGGCUUACCUCCAAGGCGUACCUGGUUUUAUCACGUCGCCCAUUCUCCAUAGCUCCGCUGUCGACGUGCUUGUUUGUCAGCUCCGAGACCGGCGUGGUCUCGAAUGCCCCUUUGUGCUGCCGGUCAAUCACUUCUCCGUUUCUUGCGAUGGCAUCUUUUUCUCGAACGUCUUGUCAGAAAACUCUACCGUGUUGCGCGCACAACGUCCGGAGACAAUCGGCGGCCGCCCCUCUGUCUGUUUGACUGGCAUGGCUUACACAUCGACUUCAUUCCUCCGUUACAGCCAUUCAGUAAGACCGGACAUGAAUUGCAUUACCGCACUUUGUUGGCCUAACAUACCGGUGCUGUCCCGACCGUCAUGCAUCUAAUGCGAUUGGCCGCUAUGCGUCGAAGCAGACCCUACCCAGACCGACUUUCCAGACAUCAGGCGAAGCUGAGAUUGUGAGAGCAUUCCCAUCUGUCCUGGCCUUCCUGCCGUGCUUCCAGCCGAAUGACGGGAGAUGCGCUCAAGAAGACUUCCAGGCGUAUCGGUAC